CGAUUCACGAUAUUUAUGAGAAAACCGGUCGAAUGCCGCUGCAGAUCUUAAAAAUAGAGGAACACGAAGAAGAAUGUAAGCAGAGCUCAAAUAAAAAAUCUAAAUCGAAUAAGAGCAGGAGAAAGUCUAAAUCCCGAUCAAAUACUCGAUCGCUUAAGAAGUACAAUCAGGAUAAUGAAACUAUUUUUGAAGGUAUGAAGUCUAUCAAGCAGACCCAAUUUGAGGACAGUGAUGACGGCUACGAUUCUCCCAGUGUAAAAUUCAGGGAGGACGAUCAUACCAAUAGCCAUGGAAUCCAUCUAGGUGUCAAGAAAAUUAGAGAUUUUGAGAAGAGAAUUAAUAAAGACAUCUUGUACAGAUACUUGAAAUCAAAAGAAACUAUAGGGAAGAAACUGAAUUUCAGAAAAAUUCUUAGUCGAAAGAAAUAUCUUGAAGAGAAAUAUAAUUCUGAAGAGAGAUUAGACAAACCGAAGUUACAAAAGACAGAACUUGAUCUUCUGGCACUGUCAAAUAAAAACAAGAACAAGAGCCAGAGCGAACUCAAGGUAGCAGUCAGGGCUUGAUCAGUGAAAGAUAAGAUUACAUUUAAUAAAGAGAAAGUUUCAAGGCUGGUUGAUAAUCCUUAUGUUACCAAAAAUACUAACUUUUUAUCAAUAAGACCAAGAUUUUCAAAAAUUCAGAAAAUUGAAACUGAUCAGUCCAAGAGCAGAUUCUUGUUCUCAGUGCCAAGUAGUAGAUUGAGUCAUAGACACCAGAACAGUUUCAGUGAGCUGAACAAGACCAGGUCAGCGACGCCAAUGCAGCGAUUGACUCAGAAAGACACUCUCGCUAAGAAAGGCAAUGCAACAGAAGUUAUUAUCAAGCAUCUCAAUAGACGUCAGGCUAAGACUGUAUCUAAGAGAAGAGGUUGCAGUCAGUUGAAAAUCAGGAAGAAUUGUUCUAGUAGAAGCCCUCAUCAUUUUUACCAUCAGAAAUAAAUACCAGAUUCGAUAAAA